AUGACCAAGCAAAAGAUAGUGAUCAAGGUGACUAUGAACAACGAAAAAUUUAGGUCCAAAGCCAUGACAAUUGUAGUUGGAGUCUCGGGAGUGGAAGGUGCAACAAUAGAAGGAGAUAGCAAGGAUGAAUUAGAAGUAACCGGAGAAGGAGUGGACUCAGUUAGACUCACAUCUCUUCUAAGAAAGAAAUUUGGUCAUGCUGAAUUGGUGAGUGUUGGUGAUGUGGGAAAGCCAGAGGAAAAGAAAGAUGAAGAAAUUGUGACAUGGCCUUAUACUUAUAGUGUUCCUCAUUACCCUGUCUAUCAGAUAAGGAACUCAUAUCAAUACGAGGACCCUUCUUGUUCCAUCAUGUGAAU